GAUCUCGCUCUCGCACCCGCGCUCGCUCCUCUUCGCGCUACCACAUCAAGCCUACAAACAGCAAAGAGCCACCGGCAACGCACGCUCGCGGUGGCACAUCGCACCACAGCCUCGUGCACGCUCGCGGUGGCACGUCGCACCCCAGCCUCGUGGCUUCAGCAGCACCGUCCUCCACGCACCGCCCGCGGCGCCGCAGCAUGGUCGCCUCGCCCGAUGCGGCACCCGUGCCGGCGCCGCCGCAGACGCAGGCGCUGCUGCAGACGCUGCACCGGCACCACUCGCGCCUGCCCGGCGGUCUCUACCUGCUCUCCUUCUGCCCGCCCGUGCCGUCGCCGUUCAGCUCGCCGCGCGCCUUUGUGCAGCACCCGGGCGUGCUCUACGCCUGCGGCUUCGUCUCGGCCGUCAUUGCCGGCAUGGGCAUUCUCUCGCUCGACAUCUUGUACGGGACAGUGUGGACCGCAGGGAUCACUGGCCCCGGCGUCACGCCCGAGCAGAUCCGCUCCGUCAGCACGCGCACGGCGUGGAUCAUGGCCAUCGUGUCGGGCAUCUACUUUAUCUUCUGCUGGCUCUUCCUCGCCUGCUUCACCGCCGCUUCGGCCGCGCUCACGCAGCGCCUGCGCCACGCAUACAUCGCCAGUGUCCUGUCGCAGGACGCCGCCUACCACGAUCGCCACGGCGCAGGCGAGGUGGCGACGCACGCCGGCAAGGAGUGCGGCACGAUCCGCGUCGCGCUCGGCGAGAAGCUCGGCUUCGUCGUCUGGUCGCUCUCCACUCUUGUCUCGUCCGUCACCGUCGGCUUCAUCAAGAACUCGCGCGUCGCUGGCACGCUCUUCGCCUUGAUUCCUUUCUGCGUCAUCCUCUUCAGCUUGCUCGCGAUGCUGACCGAGCGCAUCGGCGGCCCGAUGCUGCGCCUCGAGGGGCGUGCCAGCUCCUUCCUCGAGGAAUGCCUGGGCGGCGUGCGCGUCACACAGGCCUUUGGCAUGCGGGAGCACCUCGUCGAGCGCUUCGACCACGCCAUGCUCAAGCCGCUCGCGCGCCUCGGCAUGAAGCGUGCCGCCAUUCGUGGCGGCGAGAACGGCACGUUCUACACGACGCUGAUGCUGUCCUACGCAACGGCGUUCUUUGCCAUCGCGCGCUUCCGGGGAGAGACGGGCCCGUCGCUCACGGCGUUCUGGAACUUCCUGAACUCGCUCUUCUGUCUGGCCAACAUCGUGCCGAUGCUCUCGGCGCUCAUCGACGCGACGACGGCGACGAACCACCUGCGCCGGACGAUCGAGCGCGUGCCGCUCAUCGACGUGCGCGACCCGGGCGGACUGCGGCUGCCACUCGAGCAGCCGCCGAGCAUCGAGCUCAAGAAUGUCGUCAUGGCCUACCCGUCGCGGCCGAAUGUGCCGUCGCUCGACGGCGUCAGCGUCACCUUCCCCGCCGGCAAGGUGACCGCGCUGGUUGGCCAGUCGGGCUCGGGCAAGUCGACGAUCACCGAGCUCCUCAUGCGCGCCUACGACCCGCUCACGGCGAAUCUGCGCCAAGCUUCCGACGAGGCAGACGACGCCGCCGACCGCGCCGCCAUGGGCGAGAAGCUCGAGCCCAAGGAGGGUGAGCAGAAGCCCAAGAAGAAGCUGUUUGGCGGCCGCACGAAGAGCAUCAGCUCUGCGGAGGACCCUGAGAAGGCUGAUGAGAAGACAAAGCCGAUCAACGAGGUGCCGCAGGUGCAGGGUGCCGGCGAUGUGUACCUCGACGGACACGACCUGCGCGACCUCAACCUCUCGUGGCUGCGCAGCCAGAUCGCCAUCGUGCGUCAGAUGCCGCAGAUCACCACCGCCAGCAUCUUUGAGAACGUCGCCGCCGGUCUGACGGGCACGGAGCUCGAAUACCGCCCGCAGGACGGCGGCGUCGAGGCGAUGGACGCAAGCGAGAAGCUGCGCUACGAACAGAUCCGCGAGCGCGUCAGUGCUGCGCUCGUCAAGGCGCAGGCCUUCGACUUUGUGUCACGCCUUCCUAGCGGCAUGGACACUCAGGUCUCCGGUGGCAAGACUGGCCUGCUGUCUGGUGGCCAGCGCCAGCGCAUCGCCAUUGCCCGUGCGCUGAUCCGCGAGCCCAAGCUCCUGAUCCUCGACGAGGGCACUUCGGCGCUGGAUUCACAGAGCGAGGCACUUAUCCGCGAUAUGCUGCAGGAGGAGCAGCGCCGCCGCGGCAUGACGACGAUCCUCAUUGCUCACCGCCUGUCGACCAUUGCCCAUGCGGACCAGAUCGUCGUCAUGCGCAACGGACGGAUCAUCGACCGGGCCAGCACGACAGACGAGGCCAGCGCACACACGCAGCUCAUGGAUCCGAAGCGCGACAACGAUGUCAAUCUCUACCGCACCAUGGUGCUGACGCAGCGGCACAUCGCCACGGCAGAGAACGACAACUCGAUUAAGACCGCCCUCGCCGAAGAGACGGACGAAGAUGAGACGUCCUCGCUCGAGCUCCUCGACUCGGACGGCGUUACGACCCGCGUCGCUGCGCAAAGCACUCGCGCCCCUAGCCAGCCUUCGUCGUCGUUGCAGCAGCGCCCAGUACCACUCAAGCACCGCACCAGCCGGGCAUCCGACCACCCACCAGUGCAGCUGGCGGGACGUGGCGCCACCACCAUGGCGCACGUGGAGCAGGCGACUGCCGAGGAGGGCCUGAAGGGCGUCUCGACUGAGGAGGAACACGCGGAGCUCAAGCGGCAGAGCAAACGCGAGCGCCGCCGCCUGCUCGUGCACUUCGGCCGCCUCCUGCGCCGCUACUGGUUCUUGUUCCUUGUCGGCCUCAUCGGCGCGAUCUUGGUCGGAGCGGCGUUCCCGAUUGCGGGCUGGCUGACCGGCGGAGGUGUCAACGCCCUUACGAUCGACCGAGUCACUGAGAACGACCGACGCGUGCGCGAGUCGAACCGCUACGCACUGUACUUCUUCCUCCUCGCCAUGGCCUCCCUCGUUCUCGUCACCCUUCACUCCUGCGCGCUCGAGUUCGCUUCCGAACGGCUCCUUCGCCGGCUGAAGCGCCAGUCCUUCGCCGCCGUACUGCUGCAAGAGAUUGGGUUCUUCGACGCGCCUGAGAACCACGCGGGCAGCCUUACCGCCUCGGUCUCGUCGAGCCCUGCAAGCGUGGCCGCUGCCACCGGCCUGACGUCCUCGCAGCUGAUCGUGUCCUGCACCAACCUGGUCGGCAGUGUCAUUCUCGCCUUCAUCCUCUCGUGGAAGGCCGCCGUUGUCGUCCUGGCGCCGCUCGUCAUCCUCUUCUUCUCCUCAUGGGCAAACGUCGUCAUGCUCGAGCGCUACGAGUCGGAGGUCUCGGUGCCCGCGGGCAAGGCUGCGUCGUACGUGGCCGAGAACGUUGAUGCGAUGAAGGAGAUCGCGGCGCUCGGCCGCGAGUUAGAGGUGAUGCGGCGCUUCGACGAGCAGGCGCGCACGGAGCCCAAGCGGACCCAGUACCUUAUCUGGGGUGCGGGCGGCUUUGCGAUCUCUCAGAUGGCCGUCCUAGCCGUCUCCGCGCUCAUCUUCUACUGGGCCGGCGCGCGCCUCUACGCCGACGGCGAGAUCUUGCAGACCAACCUCUACGCGCUCUUCGAAGCGGGCGUGAUAGGAGUGUUCUCCGCGGGCCGCCUACUCACUUUCGUACCGGACCUAGGCCGUGCGUUGUCGGCGUUCAGGAAGAUUGUGGGCUGGUCGGAGCGCAAGCCACGCGUCGCGCAGCUCCCAUUGACGGAUCAGCCCUUCACUGGCAUCGGCGACAUCGUGUUCAGCGACGUCGAGCUGCGCUACCCGCAGCGCCCCGACCACCCGGCGCUGACUGGCCUCAAUCUCGUCAUCAAGAGCGGCCAGACGCAUGCCUUUGUCGGCCCGAGCGGCGCCGGCAAGUCGACGAUCCUCCAGAUGGUCGCGAGAUUCUACGACCCGGCAUUUGGGACGCUUUCUGUCGGCGGCAUCGAUGUGCGCACCGUGCCGGUUGAGGUCUUCCGAGAGAAGAUCGGCCUCGUCUCGCAAGACCCAGUGCUCAUCAGCGGCUCGAUUGGCUGGAACAUCUCGCUCGGCUCGCCCGAUCCCGCGAGCGUGACGCGUGCCCAGCUGGAGGAGGCAUGCGAGCAGGCGUGCAUCCUAGACUUCAUCCGCUCUCUCCCGGAUGGCUUCGACAGCGAUGUGGGAGGGAAGGGCGCGCAGCUCAGCGGCGGCCAGAAGCAGCGUCUCUGCAUCGCGCGGGCACUCAUCCGCGACCCCAAGAUCCUGCUGCUCGACGAGGCAACGAGCGCGCUGGACGCGGAGGCCGAGGUGAGCGUGCAGCAGGCGCUUGCACGCGCCUCGACGGGCCGCACAUGCGUCACGAUUGCCCACCGGCUCUCGACGGUGCGCAAGGCACACUGCAUCCACGUCGUCGAGGACGGCCACAUCAUCGAGUCGGGCACGCACGACGAGCUGCUGGCGCGCCGCGGCCGCUAUCUCGAGCUGAUCGAGGCGCAGCUGUAGCCGCGCUCGGCCCGCGCUUGUCCCCACUCCGUCACCCGAUGUACUCUAGAUGCUCGCCCUAUACACUGUGGAAUGCUUGGAACGCCGUACACAUCGCUGAUUGCCCUCGAGUCGAGCUGUCUGUGUCUAAAAAUACAUUCGCCGCAGGGCCGCGCUCAGCGAGGCUCGCAGGCCUCGGCGUAGCCGGGCGGCAGCUCGUCAGUGCCAGCGUCGCCCGCUGCUGACGGCGCUGCAGCGCCCAGCGUCUCCUGUGCCCAUGCCUGUGCCUCGGCCUCCUCCUCCUGUCGGGCCACGGCAGCUGCCUCGAGGU